AGGCGGGCGGGCGCGCGGAAUGGAACACCGAGACACCGACGGAAUGCUCCGAAUUGCCACAUAAUCCCCUGGAACGGCCGCGCGGAACGCCAUUGGCUUCUCCCUUCUCCCCGCGCCGCCGUCUCCCACCUUCGCCUCAUCGCCUCCCUCUCCUCCCGCUGCCUCCGGAGCUGGGGGCGAAGCGCGAAGCCCCACUGCAAUGGAGCCCGCCGCCGCGGCUACGGCGCAGCGACUCCCAGAGACCAGCAGGGAGGACCGAGCUCCGGCUCCCGCGGCGGCGGCGGCGGCGGCUUUGGCGGCUCUGGCGGCAGCGGCCGGGGGCGGCCGGAGCCCGGAGACCGCGCAGACCUCGGCAGCCCCGACCGGCGGGGCGCGGGAAGAGGCCCCCGCUGCCGUCGGGGGCCCGCCGCGCGCGCCUCCCGCGGACCUGCAGCUGCGGGGCGGCCCGGGCGGGUGGGCACGCCGUUCCUCCCGCGCCAGCCCCGCGCCGUCUGACUCCAGCCCGGGGGAGCCGGGCGCCCCGCAGUCCCUGGACGGUGCAGCCGCGGGCCCGACCUCCGACACGGAGAGCUUCAGCCUGAGCCCCAGCGCCGAGAGCGUGUCCGGCCGGCUGGACCCCUACAGCAGCGGCAGCGGCUCGUCGUCGUCGUCCGAGGAGCUCGAGGCUGAUCCGGCCCCGUCGGGGGCUCCGGGCCAGCCCCGCCUGCCCGGCCGCUCUGCGCCGUCCCGGCCCGGAGCGGGCGGCCGGCCGCCUUCCCCGACGGCCUCUCCGCCUCCGCUGCAGCCGAAAGCGCCGAGGGCGGCCGAUGGCCCGGCAGGGGCCGCCCGGGACCGGCCGAGGGAGGAAAAGGCGGCUGCAGCCUCCGCCCUCGGCCGCCCCCAGUCGACCCCGGGUGGGAACGGGGCGGCCCCGGAGAAAGCGCCUCCGCCGCCCACCCUGUACGUGCAGCUCCACGGAGAGACCACCCGGCGCCUGGAGGCGGACGAGAAGCCAUUGCAGAUCCAAAAUGACUACCUCUUCCAACUGGGAUUUGGGGAGUUGUGGAGGGUGCAGGAGGAAGGCAUGGACUCGGAGAUUGGCUGCCUCAUCCGCUUCUAUGCAGGAAAACCCCACAGCACUGGUGGCUCUGAACGGAUUCAGCUCUCAGGAAUGUAUAACGUCCGUAAAGGCAAAAUGCAGUUGCCGGUGAACCGAUGGGCCAGACGCCAAGUCAUCCUGUGUGGGACCUGCCUGAUGGUGUCAUCUGUGAAAGACAGCUGGGCCGGAAAGAUGCAUGUUCUGCCUCUCAUUGGUGGAAAAGUAGAAGAAGUGAAAAAGCACCAGCACUGUUUAGCAUUUAGCUCCUCUGGACCCCAAAGCCAGACUUACUACAUUUGUUUUGAUACAUUCACAGAGUAUUUAAGGUGGCUUCGACAAGUCUCCAAGGUGGCUUCACAGCGCAUUAGCUCAGUGGACCUCUCGUGCUGUAGCCUGGAGCACCUGCCUGCCAACCUCUUCUACAGCCAGGACCUCACGCACCUCAACUUAAAACAAAACUUCCUAAGGCAAAAUCCCUGCCUGCCAACUGCCAGGGGGCUCAAUGAACUGCAAAGGUUCACCAAGUUGAAGAGUCUUAACCUUUCCAAUAACCACUUAGGGGAAUUCCCAUUAGCUGUCUGCAGUAUUCCAACCCUGACUGAGUUGAAUGUGUCCUGCAACGCCCUUCGAGCAGUCCCAGCAGCCGUCCGAGUUAUGCACAACCUACAGACAUUUUUGUUGGAUGGAAACUUUCUCCAGGCCCUUCCUCCUGAGUUGGAGAAUAUGCACCAGCUCAGUUAUCUUGGUCUUUCUUUUAAUGAAUUCACUGACAUUCCAGAGGUUUUGGAGAAAUUGACUGCUGUGGAUAAACUUUGUAUGUCUGGAAACUGUAUGGAAACCCUGCGGCUACAGGCUUUAAGAAGAAUGCCUCACAUUAAACAUGUGGAUCUGAGACUGAACAUAAUUAGGAAGCUAAUAGCAGACGAAGUGGACUUUCUCCAGCACGUCACUCAGCUUGAUCUGCGCGACAAUAAGCUUGGUGACCUCGAUGCUAUGAUUUUCAACAACAUUGAAGUUUUGCACUGUGAAAGGAAUCAGCUGGUGACAUUAAACAUCUGUGGCUACUUCCUAAAAGCACUCUACGCCUCUUCUAACGAACUUGUACAACUGGAUGUUUACCCAGUUCCAAAUUAUCUGUCCUACAUGGAUGUUUCAAGGAACUGCUUAGAAAACGUGCCUGAGUGGGUAUGCGAAAGCCGAAAGCUGGAAGUUUUGGAUAUUAGUCAUAAUCAAAUAUGCGAACUUCCUGCACGCUUAUUUUGUAACGGCGCUCUCCGGAAGCUACUGGCGGGACACAAUGAGCUGACGAGGCUCCCUGAGAGGCUGGAAAGGACCUCGGUGGAGGUCUUGGAUGUACAGCACAACCAGCUCCUGGAGCUGCCGCCGAACCUUCUGAUGAAGGCCGACAGCCUGAGAUUCCUGAAUGCGUCUGCCAACAAACUGGAAACCCUUCCGCCAGCCACUCUGUCGGAAGAGACGAGCAGCAUCCUGCAGGAGUUGUAUUUGACAAAUAACAGCCUCACAGAUAAAUGUGUGCCCUUGUUAACAGGGCACCCCCACCUAAAGAUCCUUCACAUGGCCUAUAAUCGACUUCAGAGUUUUCCAGCAAGUAAAAUGGCAAAACUGGAGGAACUUGAAGAAAUUGAUGUCAGUGGGAAUAAACUGAAAGCCAUCCCGACCACUGUCAUGAAUUGCAGGCGUAUGCACACCGUGAUUGCACAUUCUAAUUGCAUUGAAGUCUUUCCUGAAGUGAUGCAGCUCCCAGAAAUCAAGUGCGUGGACCUGAGCUGUAAUGAGCUAAGCGAAGUCACUUUACCAGAAAACCUGCCUCCAAAACUACAAGAACUAGACCUGACUGGAAACCCCCGACUUGCCCUCGAUCACAAAACCCUGGAAUUGCUGAAUAACAUCCGCUGUUUCAAGAUUGAUCAGCCUUCAGCAGGAGAUGGAUCUGGAGCCCCAGCUGUAUGGAGCCACGGCUACACCGAAGCUUCAGGAGUGAAAAACAAGUUGUGUGUCGCAGCCCUGUCGGUGAACAACUUCUGUGACAACCGGGAGGCCCUGUACGGGGUGUUUGACGGGGACCGGAACGUGGAGGUGCCCUACCUUCUCCAGUGUACGAUGAGUGACAUUUUGGCCGAAGAGCUGCAGAAAACCAAAAAUGAAGAAGAAUACAUGGUCAAUACGUUCAUUGUUAUGCAAAGGAAGCUUGGAACUGCUGGGCAGAAGCUUGGAGGUGCUGCUGUCCUCUGUCACGUCAAGCACGACCCUACGGACCCAGGAGGGUCCUUCACCUUGACCUCCGCUAAUGUGGGGAAGUGCCAAACGGUUCUCUGUCGGAAUGGGAAGCCGUUGCCUCUGUCCAGAUCAUAUGUCAUGAGCUGCGAAGAAGAACUGAAGAGAAUUAAGCGGCACAAGGCCAUUAUCACUGAGGACGGCAAGGUGAACGGAGUGACGGAGUCCACGCGCAUCCUGGGGUACACCUUCCUGCACCCCAGCGUGGUGCCGCGCCCACACGUGCAGUCCGUGCCCCUGACCCCCCAGGACGAGUUCUUCAUCCUGGGCAGUAAGGGCCUGUGGGACAGCCUGUCCGCCGAGGAGGCGGUGGCGGCCGUGCGCAACGUGCCCGACGCCCUGGCGGCCGCCAAGAAGCUGUGCACCCUGGCGCAGAGCUACGGCUGCCGCGACAGCCUCAGCGCCGUGGUGGUGCAGCUGAGCGUCGCCGAGGACGGCUUCUGCUGCUGCGAGCUGGGCGCCGGCGGGGCCGGGCCCCCGCCCAGCCCCGGCAUCUUCCCGCCGGCCGCGAGCAUGGCGACCAGGGACCGGCCGGCCGACGCGCUGGGCGUGCCGUCGUCCAGCAGCGGCAUGGCCUCCGAGAUGAGCAGCGAGCUGUCCACCUCCGAGAUGAGCAGCGAGGUGGGCUCCACGGCCUCGGACGAGCCGCCGCCCGGCGCCCCGGCCGAGAGCAGCCCCGCCUACGCCAGCGAGCCGCGCUGCGCGCUGCACCCGGUGGGCCUGGCCCACGCGUUCCAGCGCCAGCUGUCCAGCGCCACCUUCUCCAGCGCCUUCUCCGACAACGGCCUGGACAGCGACGACGAGGAGCCCAUCGAGGGCGUGUUCACCAACGGCAGCCGCGUGGAGGUGGAGGUGGACAUCCACUGCGGCCGGGCGCGGGAGAAGGAGAGGCGGCGCCCGCCGCAGGGGCCGGCCGAGGCCAGCGACGAGGGCAUCGUCAUCAGCGCCAACGAGGAGGAGCCGGGGCCGCCCAGGAGGGCGGACUCCGCCGCCGCGGGGACCGCGGGGCGCCGCCGGGCCAACGGCUCCGUGGCGCCCCAGGAGAGGAGCCACAACGUGAUCGAGGUGGCCGCGGACGCGCCUCUCCGCAAGCCCGGGGGCUACUUCGCGGCGCCGGCCCAGCCGGACCCCGAGGAUCAGUUCAUCAUCCCCCCGGAGCUGGAGGAGGAGGUCAAGGAGAUGAUGAAGCAGCAGCAGCAGCCGCCACCGCCGCCCCUGCAGCCGCCGGGCCCGGGGGACCAGCUGCCAGACUGCUGUGACACGCCGCUAUGACCCCACCCCCCGGCCCCCCCAGGCGCUCUUGAACAAAUAAACUAACCCAGAAAGACUGAGUUGCAAGAGUCUCCCAGGCUCACGUUAAACCAGGGGUUCACUCCACGCCCUCCCCCGCUUUCCCACCCUGUCUCGGCACCUAGUCCUGGGCUCUCCCUCUGUUGGUCAUUUUUUUUUUUAAAUAAUCACCACUUUUCUUCUAGCGAUGCUUUACGUUUAACUUCUUCCCCUAACGUAUCAGAUGUGUAAAGACAAAGAAAAGGUUUAAUAUAUUACAGAGAAACGGUUAAAGAUAAUGUAAUAUUUUUUAAAAUGGCUUUUUCUUGUUUUGUUUGGAGGGCAGGGUGCGUUGCCAGUGCUAAAUGACUUAAUAAUAUUGUAAUUCUGUAUUUCUUUGGGGGAAAAGGCUUUUUUUUUUUUUUUGUCUUGAAAAUGAUAGACAUUUGUAGAAUAUGGAGACUAACUCCUAGGAGUUGCUUUACUCUGUCAGGUGACUUAAGUCACUGGGAUUCACUAAUUUUCUCUGAGAGAACAGUUGAUUGAGAAAUUUCUAUUGUAAAUAGCUCAGUGCUGUAUAGUGACGCUUCGGACGUUUUGUAGUUUUGGCGAAAGGACAAGCCUGAACGACUGACUUUUCCCUUCCUCGCCCCCCUCCUAACCUGCCUCCGGCUCAUUCGGUGUGGAGGCCGAGAGCAGCUAAGGGGCUUCUGUUCCAACCAGGCGGAUCUCAGGCCACUGGAAACUAACCUGCACACAGGGGCCUCUGAGCCGUUUUUCUUCCUCUCCCGUCCCCGCCCCCUUGCCCUCCGCAGACACUUGGUGUGUCCCUUACUGCUGCCACAAUCAGCAUGACUGUAGAGCCUUCAGCUAGAUCAUUUACAUACCGAGAGUUCUAUUAAAGCAGAAUGCACAAAUGAACAUGUCAUAAUUUUUGUUAUAAUAAAUAUGAAAUUUACAAGUA